AAGCAUUCUGAUGCGCGAGGCGAGUUUGAAUCGGUUACGAAAGACUUUUUGGAUCGGUUUUCGCCGCGCAGUGCACGUGAGGCGCAAAAGCGGAACCGGGCGGAAAACGCGCUUUAUAUUAUAGUGAGUUCGUCGGAACUCAGAGUGUUUAAUAGUGAGGCAUGUUUGCGUGGUGCGCCUGCUGGGAAACCUGUUUCACCGUGGAAGUGUGAGCGGUGCGGAGCGGAGCGGUGCGGAGCGGAGCGCACGCAUGUGAGCCGCGCGCUCGGAGCGGCGAGCACUCUCAGCCCGCUCCGGUGACGACAUGCCGCGCGACCGCGGCGCAGACGAUGGCGCUUCCGGUGGCGUGCGCCUUGAAACACGCGGCGCGGAGGAUGUGGAACGGGGCGGCGGGGUCGCGCGGCGCCAGGGUGCGGACGGACGGCGGGGAGAGCGCGGCGCCCGCCUCAGCCUUCUCGGUAAACCGCUGGUGUACGGCGCGCAAAGCGGCCGCAGGAACGCGCGCUACCGCCGCGUGCAAAACUGCCUGUACAAUGUCCUCGAGCGCCCGCGUGCCUGGGCGUUCAUCUAUCACGCGCUUGUGUUCGCAUUGGUGUUUGGCUGUUUGGUGCUGUCCGUGUUCUCGACCAUUCCAGAUCAUCAAGAAGUGUCGUCACAGGCUCUGUUCAUCUUGGAGUUUGUGAUGAUUAUUGUGUUUGGGAUGGAGUACCUCAUACGGAUCUGGUCUGCAGGCUGUUGCUGUCGGUACCGAGGAUGGCAGGGACGGCUCCGAUUUGCUCGAAAGCCAUUCUGCGUUAUCGACAUCAUUGUGCUGGUCGCUUCAGUUGCCGUGGUUUCGGCCGGUAGCCAGGGCAACAUCUUUGCCGCAUCAGCGCUGAGGAGCAUGCGCUUCCUGCAGAUCUUGCGCAUGGUGCGUAUGGACCGCCGCGGAGGCACCUGGAAGCUUCUGGGAUCUGUGGUUUACGCACACAGCAAGGAGCUCGUGACUGCCUGGUACAUCGGCUUCCUGGUGCUCAUCUUCACCUCCUUCCUUGUCUACCUUGUAGAGAAGGACUCGAAUAAGGAUUUUUCGACGUACGCUGAUGCACUCUGGUGGGGCACGAUUACUCUGACCACUAUAGGCUACGGAGAUAAGACUCCUAAGACGUGGAUAGGCCGCUUGCUGUCCUCUGGCUUCGCGCUGCUCGGGAUCUCCUUCUUCGCUCUGCCUGCGGGGAUCCUGGGUUCAGGUUUCGCUCUUAAAGUCCAGGAGCAGCACAGACAGAAGCACUUUGAGAAGAGAAGGAAUCCUGCAGCUUGCCUCAUCCAGUGUGUUUGGCGUAGUUAUGCGGCUGAUGAGAACUCGGUUUCCAUUGCUACCUGGAAGCCACAUUUAAAGGCGUUGCAUACCUGCAGUCCGACAAAGAAGGAUCAAGCGGAGACCUCGACGAAUCAAAAGCUGAGCUUUAAAGACCGUGUCAGGAUGGCCAGUCCUCGUGGUCAGAGCAUCAAGAGCAGACAAAUGUCCGUCAUAGACCGGCGUUCCCCAGGCGCCGAGAUCAACAGCGACGGCUCCAGUCCAGUCAAAGUGCAGAAGAGCUGGAGCUUCAACGACCGCACUCGCUUCAGACCCUCUCUCCGCCUCAAGAGCCAGUCCCGCUCCACCGCCGAUGGUGAGGCUAAUGUGACACCAGAGGAGGGCAUCGAUGAGAAAGGCUGUCACUGUGAGAUCUCCAUAGACGACUUGUUACCAGCAGUGAAGACCGUCAUCCGAGCAGUCCGGAUCAUGCAGUUCCACGUGGCAAAGAAGAAGUUUAAAGAGACGCUGCGUCCGUAUGAUGUUAAGGACGUGAUCGAGCAAUAUUCAGCAGGACACCUGGACAUGUUGUGCCGGAUUAAAAGUUUACAGACGAGGGUGGAUCAGAUCCUGGGGAAGGGGCAGGUCCCUGUAGAUAAGAAGCUGAAGGAGAAGAUGCUGUCCGAUGGAGAUCUGCUGGAGGACGUCAGCAUGUUGGGGAGGGUGUGUAAAGUCGAGAGACAGGUACAGUCUAUUGAAUCCAAGUUGGACUCACUGCUGGACGUCUACCGUCAGGUCCUGCAAAAAGGCACCUCCUCAGGUCUCAGCCUGUCCUCUCUUCCCCUGUUUGAGUUGGCAAAAACGACAGACUACCCAAGUCCGGCCUUUACCAAGGAUCUCUCCUCUCCAUCGCAGUUCAGCCAAAUGAGUAGCUCUAACUUCCCCCAUGGCUUCCAUCUCAUCUUGGCUCCCAAUGAGUUCAACUUCAACGUGAACAACUCAUCGGGGUCUCCCUCCAUGGAUGACAAACUCAAUUCUGCUUCACCAUUUAGCCCCUCUCCGCUUCAGCCACUUGCAACACCCACCACAGAUUGCCCACCUGUUUUCAUGGCAAACCCUGGUGGGGUACAUUUUCCAAGACUGGCCAGCCCUCCUCCUCCUCCCCCCCCUCCAGCAUCUGCCCGGUUUCAGCUGCCUCAUUCAGGCCGAGUGAACAGUGCAUCAGCCCAAUCUCAGUCCAGUCCUUCUUCUGAUCACUUCCCACCCUCGUAUUUAAACAGAUCCCCGCAGGACUUGGCACCAAGCGCUAGAAAUCGGCCCAGCGCCAAAGAGGACGCUUCCUGGAGGAGACAUAUGAGCCCAGAGAUAGGAAUGGAGAUGGACCCUCUGAUGGAGCUCUCACCUUCCUCAGUGCCAGAUCGAGGGGGCCAGACUGUUUCCAUGGGAAACUCCUUUUCCGUCCAGGAUCUCAUUGGGAUUCCAGAGGUUGACAGGCACCACAGCCUCUCAGCCAGCAGCAGCCAGGACUCUUUGGCUACAGAGAAUGAGACAGGAGGAGGUGGCUGGGCCGAGGCCGAUCUCUUCAUCCCAGAUGGAGACUUGGAGAACUCGGUUCAUACUCGACCCCAAGGUUUUGACUUCCUGGCACAGUCUUCGGGAAAUUCCAGUUUCUCCUCUGAACUUUUGAGGACAGGGACAGCAACGAGGGACGGCCUGGCUCCCAAAUUGGGUGGUACAAAGCCUUUCAUUAUGCCACACGUUCGGCUAAAACAAUAAGUCUUGGACAACGAUGUACUCUUAUUAGAUUUGAUCAUCUUGAAGGACAUGAAGCUUGCUUGAAAGCUUUGUCUUAUUUUUAAGUAUUUUAUUUUCAAAACGAGAAAUGGGAAGUUGGAAAGGCAAGAAUGGAGUUUGAGGUAUUUUUAAAAUACAUUUUAAAUUUUUGAAUUAAUUUUAUAUAUUGUUAAGUACUGAUGAUUUAUUUAAGAAGAGGAAAAAAAGUUUAAUACCAUGAACCAUACAUGAGGAUUUUUCAUUGCAUGCAUUGUGCUUGUUUAUAAGCACUGUAUUAUUGGGUUCGCAUCAAGAGGGAAAUCUGCAAUAUAACGAAAAGACGCUUUCUUAAAUACUGUAUUAUUCCUUUUCUUAGAUCAAAUCGGAGUGAAAUUGACACUUCAUUAAUUUCCUGUUGGGUCACGUUCCAUCUUGCAUGUUACAACAAAAAAAAACAACAACUUGGAUGUAGAAACAGGAUUGGAAAUUUAAUUUUAAGGAACUCUUUUAUUGAUUGGUUGUUUCAUGUAAAUUGAUCAAAUCAGAGUUGAGUUGUGUUUCAAGUCAAUCAAACUGCACUAGGAUUCACUCACUUGGUCUCAGACUGGCCAUUUUGAUCCACACCUAAGUGCAAUUGCUGGGUUCACUUGCCUAAACUAACUGCAUAGGUAAAAGUGCUAUGACAAACUUAUAAUUGCGUGUCUCCAAUAGAAAAAUAAAAAAGGCAUUGCUAAUCUUUCACAUAAGAACAACAGGAACCGAUGUUAACCCAGAAGGCAAGGUUUUAUGAACAAGAUGGCUCAUUUUAGAAUUGAGAAUUUUAAAUGCUGAUGAGUUUUUAAAGAUACGAACAAAGUCAAUGGAAAAAGUCAAAAUCUGCCAAAUGCCAUAAUGUUAAUGAAGACAAAAGAGAGAGGGAUGAGUAGAGGAAGGGGUAGAAAGCCAUCACGGAGGGGUAUGAAACAUGAAGCGUUUACGCAAGCCAAGUUUGAAAUCUCAGGUCGAUUGAUUCGGGGAUUUUUCAGGGUGGACGUGUGAUCAAAAGCCAAAUUACAGAAAUGGACAUGCGACACCCUUUGAAGCAGCAGAAGGAAUGUGGACUCAUUCCUGAGUAAGAAGCGGAGGUGGAUGUUCAUCUGAUUUUGGAUACAAUGCAAAGCCAAACAAGACUCUCAAAGACCUGUGGAGAAGAUGACAAACCUAAUCUCAUCUUGCCAAGCUUCGCCCAAACCCAAAGCACAGUGAAGUGAAGCCACACCAAGACAUAAAAUCCUAUGGUCAUUGGAAAACAAAAACAAAAAUGUUUCCAGCGAGGUAGAAUGAAUGAUCUGUUGGCUUGAUACAUCAAUAUGCUAUUAAAUGGUACAGUCCUGGACAUGUCUGGAAUAAACAAAUCUGCAGCAGACUCUGAGAAUGCUGGGUAAGCAGAGAGAAGGUAAUAAACUCAAAAUCUAAUGCGCUUUCAAAGCGGUGUUGAUGUAUGAAGGAAUAAAAUCUCUCUUAAAUGCAAUCCAGAGGAAUACAUUUGAAACAGAUGAUACUGUUUUGUGCCUCAAUAAUAUUUAUUCAUAUGUAUUACUAUUUAUUGUUUUUUGCUUAUAUGGCUGCUUUUUUCUGAUAUUUGAAUGAACCACACACACAAACCCACAUAACCUCAAUAAGACCAUCACAUUAAGGGCUUGGUUCCCCUUUUUCACCCUCUAUGAAAACAAAUCCUAGGAGCACCCCUGACUAUGAGAAUCCUGUGGCUGUAAAAUUAUGGAAAUAACAGUAAUACUAUAAAAAUAGAAAUGGCUAUAACAAAUUCCAACUGUUAUUUGUUAUUCUCAGAGGAACACACACUAUUAAAUGUCCUAUAACAUAUCCUAUCUACAGUCACUGGAUAUGAGCAGUCACACGCUCUGAUUGGCUACUCUACUACUAGGAUAUCAGUUCACAUACCGUGAGUAGAGAAAAAAAAAUGGCGGAGCGUGUUGCUGAACCAACCGAGGCCGAAAUAAAAACUCUACUUGAAAACAAAACCCAAACAAGUGUUGCCAGGCAACACAAACCUCGCCCGGUAGCACUUGUGAUGAAUAUGAAGGAAGAUAUCGCAAAAAAAAAAAGAUUUUGACCUUUUUGGUGACCUUGACCUUGUGUGUGAACAUACUUGGCCAAUAAACAUGGUUCUAAUUCUCAUUCUCAUUCGUACUGCUCUCAGCCAAUCGGAACACAUCUGAAUUAAUAUGAAGGAAGAUAUCCUAAAAAAAAAAAAAAAGAUUUUGACCUUUUUGGCGACCUUGUCCGGAUGACCCUCAAAAUGUUGGAGGUUCUAUUUGAGACCAAUGUCCAUCUAUCCUGAAAGUUUCAUGAAGGUUGGUCCAGCUGUUUUCCCGUAAUAUCAUUAACAAAAAAAUAAAUAAAGAAAGAAAGAAAGAAAUCCCACCAAAAAAAAUACCUCUCCCCCCUGUGGACUCCAUCCCGGGUGAGGUAAAAAUACAAAAAAGCAAAAAAUUAUGGAAUGAAAGUAUUUGAUAGUAAGAACAUAUCUUUUUUUAUUUUUCAAUAAUAAUUAUUAUAACAUUUUUCACAAAUUGCUCCUGUCAUUUCGCCAGUUUGUUUACAUUCUAAGCGGAAAUGAUGUUGUUGGACGUUUUGUAUAAAGUUUUUAUUUAUCAAAUUUGCAAAAAAUAAAAAUGCUCUGUUUCUCAAAAUCCAGUGAAUGUGGAUAGAAUAAAACAGUUAUUCCACUCAAUCUAGUAAUACACGGCUUAUAGCCUACUCGGUGCUACGUGCCUCGUCAGCUAUCAGCUCAUGUACGAUUCGAUUUCAUGGAAUAACUUAAGUAGGCUACAUUUUAUCGAUACUAUAUUCCGGAUUUGAUUCCGAUUUUGUCAAGCCAACAAAAAACUUUUUUCUCACAUAAAGUACUGUUCAAAAGUCUUAGGUACUCUUUUUUUUUUCACACAAACCUUGUUAUCAAUUUCUAUUUUAUGGCUUCUACAUUACUGAGUCAGUACAAAAACAUUUUAGAGUCCAAAUGUUCGUUUUCCAGCACAAAAUUAAAUGUUACAGGAAAAAAAAAAGUUCCUAUCUGAGCAGCAUAUUACAUAAGAGAGCACUUUUCCGAUUAAAAAAGAAAACAUAAUGAAGGCUACUGGGUUUUGGUGCAAAAUUGAAAAGCAAGUGUGACAAAGUGUCCAGAAGAACUGUGGCUGGUUCUGAAAGAUGCUCAGUAAAACCUACAGCUCAUUUCAUUAUAAAACUUAUUAAAGCAAAGGGUCGUCUCACACCAAAUAUUGACUUUAUUUCAUUUAUUACGGCUUACUGCUUAUAGUUUUUUGUUUUUAUGUUGAAACAUUUCAUUUCAUUAUUUUUAAGCCAUUUUUGGUCUACAGCAUUUCUUUACAUGUGCCUAAGACUUUUGUACAAGACCAUACAGCUAUAGUUUUGACAUCUUUUCAAUGUAACAUUAUAUCAUGAAGUCUUUUAUUUUUCUUUAAAUAUAAUAAGUCCCAGUACCUUUAAUGUUGAACCCUAUACAGUUUUGAUGAAAAAAAUUUUAAAUGUUGAGUAGAGCAUACAAUUCAAGAUUCUCCUGUUCUGUUCACAUUUGCAAAAAAUCUAAUCUUUUCCAGCGGAGUGAUGCAGGUUCUCUAAAACCAUGUGCUGAAGUUCUCUGGUGUUUCAUCACCAGUUUGUUAAAGCAGACUAUUAACCACGGAUUUGCAGUAUAAUCAUGUUCACUCGAUUCAUUUGGUGAUGGCACUAUUGCAUUCUUUACUUCUAAGAGCUUCUAAUUAUUAUUUAUGUAUAUUCAUGGCUGGAGGAUUGUUAUUAAAAAAAAAUUACUCGAUGCCCCGAUUCCCUGAGGUGCUACCCUUACUCAUUCAUAGGUUUUUCUGUAUUUUGUAUUUUCUACUUUCUAGAACAAUACUGAAGAGGUCAAAACAAUGAAAUUGCAUAUGGAACACAUAUGGAAUUAUGUUACAAACAAAAAAGUGUUUAAAAAAACUAAAUAUGUAUGAUAUUUUAAAUUCUUCAAAGUAUCCAGCGUUUACCUCAACAAUGCUUUGUACACUAUUGGUGUGAUCUUAACCAGCUUCAUGAGGUAGUCACCUGGAGUGGUUUUCAAUCAACACGUGUGCCUUGUCAAAAGGUAAUUAGUGAACGAGUUUCUUGCCUUCUUAAUGCGUUUGAGAUCAAAUAGCCCUAUUCAACACCGCAACUGUAGUAAUCCAUGUUAUAUCAAGAACCGCUCAACUAAGUAGAGAAAUUACAUCCAUUGUUACUU